GGGAGAGUGUAAGGCCAGCCUAGGUUUAGCAUUGCAAAGCCCCGCCCCCUUUAGCCAGCCACGUUAAAUACUAAAACUUUGAGCUUUUCCGAGUAAAGAUUGGCAAACGGCAUCAACCCUGAGACACACGGAGGUGACUCUGCAAUGAAAGGAGGCAAGGCAGGCCAUCCCAAUGGCAACAACCGCAUCAAGGAUUUGCUUCCAUCCUCGGAGGAGAAGAUGGAGGAGCGGGGUCAGUGGAGCAACAAGUUGGAGUUUGUCCUGUCGGUGGCCGGCUCCAUUAUUGGCCUGGGCAACAUGUGGCGCUUCCCCUACCUUUGCUACAAGAACGGAGGAGGUGCAUUUCUAAUCCCCUACCUGAUUUUCCUGUUCACCUGCGGCGUUCCAGUCUUCUUCCUUGAGGUCGCACUGGGUCAGUACACCAGUCAGGGAGGAAUCACCUGCUGGAGAAAAAUCAGUCCCCUGUUUGAAGGUCUUGGCUACGGUACUCAGGUGAUUGUGACUCUGCUGAACUUCUACUACAUCAUCGUUCUCGCCUGGGGGAUUUUUUUCCUCUAUUUCUCCUUUUCUUGGGACCUGCCUUGGGCAUCCUGUAACAACACAUGGAACACAGAAAACUGUGUUGAGUUCCAGAGGAGAAACACCUCAAUUGCUCAAGGAGUCAACCUGAACUCAACUUCUCCUGUUAUGGAGUUCUGGGAGAGAAGAGCGUUGAGGAUCUCCCCUGGCAUUGACCAUAUGGGCUCUCUGAACUGGGACAUGGCUCUGUGUCUGUUGAUCGCCUGGGUCAUGUGCUACUUCUGCAUCUGGAAGGGGGUGAAAUCCACAGGAAAGGUGGUCUACUUCACCGCAACCUUUCCUUAUCUGAUGCUGAUUGUGCUAUUGAUCAGAGGACUCACUCUGCCUGGUGCUGGGAUUGGUAUACAGUUCUAUUUGUAUCCUGAUUUGGGGAGACUGGCUGAUCCACAGGUGUGGAUGGAUGCUGGGACUCAGAUAUUCUUCUCCUAUGCCAUCUGCCUUGGCUCCCUGACUGCUCUGGGUAGCUACAACAAAUAUAACAACAACUGCUAUAGAGAUUGCCUGGCUCUGUGCUUUCUAAACAGCAGCACCAGCUUCGUGGCAGGCUUCGCUAUCUUCUCCAUCCUGGGUUUCAUGUCUUACGAACAAAAUGUUCCUAUCUCCGAAGUGGCAGAGUCUGGACCUGGCCUGGCCUUCAUCGCCUAUCCCCGUGCUGUGUCCAUGAUGCCGUUCUCUCCUUUGUGGGCGGCGCUCUUCUUCGUCAUGAUCGUUUUUCUGGGCCUGGACAGCCAGUUUGUGUGUGUCGAAAGCCUUGUCACAGCUAUCGUGGACAUGUACCCCUCUGUGUUUCGACGCAAGAACCGCAGGGAGCUCUUCCUGUUAGGGGUGGUCCUCUUCUCCUUCCUAAUGGGCCUUAUUAUGCUGAUGGAGGGAGGGAUGUACGUUUUCCAGCUCUUUGAUUACUAUGCAGCCAGUGGGAUGUGUCUUCUCCUCAUGUCCAUCUUUGAGACUGUCUGUAUCGCCUGGGUCUAUGGUGCGGAUCGUUUCUACGACAACAUUGAGGACAUGAUUGGCUACCGCCCGGGACCUUACAUCAAGUAUUGUUGGUUGUUCUUCACCCCAGCCACAUGUAUUGGAACAUUUGCCUUCUCUCUCAUAAAAUACACUCCUCUUAAGUACAACAAUGUGUACGUAUAUCCAUGGUGGGGCUAUGUCAUAGGGUGGCUACUUGCCCUUUCCUCAAUGGUCUGCAUUCCUUUCUGGAUGGCAUACAAGAUCAGCACUACACAGGGAACACUCAAAGAGCGCAUCCAGGCGCUAGUCACACCAUCCGAUGAUUUACCUAAAACCAAAAGAGAGCAGGAGAGGUUACUGGCCAUCUUUGUUCCCGAGGACGACUCAACCAGAACGACGAACGGCUACUUUCCUGUCACAGAGAGAGACUCCAACUUAUGAGGCCCCAUCAGCUCUUCAUAAGCACCAUGUCUUUACAAAUAGCAACUGUAAAAGUCUUCUUUGCUUCUUCUCACAAAUGCAGGAGAAACAACUAGAAAAAAAUCUUUACCCACUUUACCUAAAGAGUGAUAUAAAGGACUCAGGAGAUACAGAGCCAGUUCAUUGAUGGGGUUGAUGUGUUUGUACUCUGAGGGAAAAAGGAUGAAAAUAAUUUUUUUAAGUAAUGAGCCAUUUUUAAACUAUUUAAGUUUAAAGAAACAUAUUGACAUCAUAUUGGAUGAUUAAAGAAAACAUCAUGUUAUUUUAUAUUAGCUAAUCUUUACAUCUUUAUUAUUCCAAUAUAUAUAAUAAAUGAUUGAAAAAGUCCUUCUGUGGCAUUUACACUAUUUAGAGAUAUGUUGUUAUCCUUAGUUGUAGAAAUUGGAAUAAAUACAAACAUAAAAUAGCUGUAAACAUUAUUGUAUAUCAAUUAUGCACAAGACUAACAUUAUACAUAAAUUGUAAUUUCCUUUUGAUAACAUAUGUUGAUUGUAUAAGAAAUGUGAAUUAUGUAAGUAUUGUUUUGAAUAAACUGUUUCUUGUCUUGGUCUGACUUUUAAUAUUUAGUUUCCAGUUUUGUUAGAAAUUUGAUAUAUAUCCUUGAAAGCGCCCACUUCUUUUACAGCUUUGUUUAAUUAAGCUACUCUUGAAAUAAAAAUUUCCUAAUUAUUUUACAUUUUUCAUUAAAAAACAUCUUAAAAUGUGAAAUAUCUGGAGUAGUUUCUCAUAUCACAAGUAGGACUGGAAUUGUAGAUAUCUGAAAAAGAGUGGUUCCGUUGCAUCUUUGCACCCUUGCCAUUUCGAUCAUUGUAUACAAGACUUUUUUAGAUUCUGCCAAGGGACAUUUAAUGUGUCCUGAUGAGGUUUGUGAGUCAGGUUAAAAGCACUUUUUGAAAUUAACAACCUUUGAACAGGAAUUAAUAAAAAAAUUUAUUAAGCCCACAUAUAUGUACUAAAACAUGUUUUUUUAUUGGUCUGAUAUUCUGAUCUUAAAUGUCAUAUUUUCAUUAGCUGUGAAUGGAACAUCAUCAUAAUUCAUAGAAAUAAAGGCUUGAAAACACCA